UCAGAGCAGAAAAUGAACAAAUCCCAGGAGCAUGUGUCAUUCAAGGAUGUGUGUGUGGAUUUCACCAAGGAAGAGUGGUAUUUGCUGGAUCCUGCUCAGAAAGUGCUUUACAGAGAUGUGAUCCUGGAGAACUAUAGCAACUUUGUCUCAGUAGGGUAUUGUGUGACUAAGCCAGAUGUAAUCUUCAAGAUAGAGCAAGGAGAAGAUCCCUGGAUACCAGAAAACAGAUUCCAAUGCCACCCAGAAAGGAAAUGGAAAGUGGAUGAGCUAUUAGAGAGAAGCCAGGAAAAUGAAGAUGAACCUUUUUGGCCGUUCAUGCUCACCAACAAGAUCAUACAUGUAGAAGGUGGGGGUACCACAAGAAAAACUUCCAGUCUAGAAAUGGACCCUGUUUCUUCAAGAAGUUUUCUGCUCAAAAUAUGUGACUCGUGUGAAAUGAAUUUAAAGAAUAUUUCAGGUGUAAUUAUUAGUAAAAAGAGCUAUUCCAGAAAAAAGCUGAAUGAGUUUAAUGUAGGUGAGAAAUCACUCCCUAAUAAUAGGCAUGAGAAAAUUCCUGUAGGAGCAAAAUCCUAUAAAUAUAAUGAGAAACCAAAUGGCCUCAGCCUUUGCCAGGAUCUCACUCAGCCGGUUUCUGAUCAGCCUUUUGAGUAUAAUGAAGAUGGACAAGGCUUCAGUGAGGAAGUGGCCCUUUGUGUGAAUCAGCACUCUCGGCUAGGGGAGACGCUUUAUAAACACACUGAUUGUGGAAGAACUUUGGUUGAUGGCCUGAAGCUAAGUGUGUCUCGGAAACCUCAUUUGCACAUGGAAUCACAUGAAUGCAGUAUUUGUAGAAAGUCCUUUUAUGUGGAUCUACAGUUUGGACAUCAGAGAGCUCUUCUUCCGAGAAACAGUCCUUGUGAGCGUAAUGAAUAUGAGAAAAUCUUCUGUGAUGGUUCAGCUCACAUUGUUCAUCAGGAAGCUUACCCGAGAAAGAUUGCCCCAGAGUACAAAGUGAGUAGCAAAACUUGGGGAAAGUCAGGUCUCUUUAGACAUCAGAUAGUACAGAUGGGGGGAAAACCCUAUGAAUACCAUGAAAAUGAGAAAUUUUUCAGCAAGAAAUCACAUCCCACCCAGUCUCGAAGAGCUCACUUGGGAGAAAAAACAUUUGAAUGUGGUGAGUGUGGUAAAAUGUUUUGGGAGAAAUCAAACCUUACCCAACACCAGAGAACACACACAGGAGAGAAACCAUAUGAAUGUACUGAAUGUGGGAAAGCCUUUUGCCAAAAACCACACCUUACCAACCACCAGCGAACACAUACAGGAGAAAAACCCUAUGAAUGCAAGCAGUGUGGGAAAACAUUCUGCGUCAAGUCAAACCUUACUGAACAUCAAAGAACACACACAGGGGAGAAGCCCUAUGAAUGCAAUGCAUGUAGGAAAUCCUUCUGCCACAGGUCAGCCCUCACUGUCCAUCAGAGGACACAUACGGGGGAGAAACCAUUUAUAUGCAAUGAGUGUGGGAAGUCAUUUUGUGUGAAGUCAAACUUGAUUGUACAUCAAAGAACCCACACAGGGGAGAAACCCUACAAAUGUAAUGAAUGUGGGAAAAUGUUCUGUGAAAAAUCAGCUCUUACCAAACACCAGAGGACUCACACAGGGGAGAAGCCCUAUGAGUGUAAUGUGUGUGGAAAGACCUUCAGUCAGAGGUCAGUGCUCACCAAGCAUCAGAGAAUUCACACGAGGAUGAAGGCUCUUUCAGCAUCCUAAAUGUUCACCUUGCUUAUGCCUGUCAAGUUGGUUGUACAGUUUUUAAAAUGAGCUUAGAGAAUGCCAAAGAAUGCCACAGAGUACUAGAAAAUGCCAUUUUGUUCAAAUAUAUGAAUGCUUUUAAGAAAAUAAAAACUUUCAUUAGAAAGAUUGUAUUGAAGGGAAAUCAUUCAUAUAAACAAUAUGGUUAAAAAAAUCUAUGGAGUUUAAAUUGUGUAGUGUCUUCCAAAUGUGUUUCAAAAAUGUAUUUUAAAUAUAAUGGGUAAUAUUAAUUUUACUUGUAUUCAUAAGAGUGUAUAAAACUUCAAAGUGAGUAACAAUAACACUAAACAUAUAUGUAAAGAACAUCUGAUGUUUGUAGACCUUGUGUGAGUAUGCUAAAGUAACAUUUAUGUAAUUUAGAAAGUGCUUGAUUUAUGUAUUGGAACUCAGUAAGGAUGUGAGGAAAAAAUAUGAACCCUUAGUGUAAUAACUAUAAUAGUAUACUUUCUAUAUACUAAGUACCACCAGUGUCUUUGUAGGUUGAUAAAAUUAUGUAUGUUUAUGGACAUACGUGUGAAUGUGGAUCUAUCUAUAUGUUUGCAUAUGUAAAUAUGUUUAUAUGCAUGUAUCUAUACACAAAUGGUGAUGUCUUAAGGGCAGCUCACACCAACUUAAAAGUGCUGAUAAUUGUUAAAAUUUCAGGAAUUUUGUGAAUCAGUUGUUUAAAAUUAGUGAAGUUACAGGUAAAUUAUAUUGAGAGCAAAGGAAAUAAUUAGCACCCAUCAUUCCCAGUAAUUGGCUGUCUUUCACUAUUAUCUUUGCUGCUACCGUUGGCCUACAUGCUGAGAGCACUGUAGAAUGGAGUACCACUGCUUCUCUCUUCCAGACUCACUGCAUCCAUCCCAGGCUCAUGUUGGUAACUUGGCCUUAGAACAUUUACACUGGGGGAACUGGCAGACCGUGUGUCAGGGGAUUGAUUUCUCAGAGAAGCUGUGUGUAUAUAAACUAUAUGGCAGUUUUAAAGUGUAAGCCAGCCAUCUUUUCCUAAAACAAGUAAGUGGCUAUGGCCAUCAUUACCAAACUGCCUCUACAGUCAAGAAGCCACAAGAGGGUUUAUUGAGCCUUUUAAUACCUCAGAAUUGCCCACUUCUAAAUAUUUCCAUCUUCUUGAUAGAUUGAUCAGUAUAUAUUUUAAAUGUCAUUCUCUCUCUCUCUCUCUCUCUCUCUCUCACA